AUGAGUGCAGCAGCUGCAGCAGCAGCAGCAGCAACGAACAGACCAGCUGCCGGGAUCCAGGCCGGUCCCUCUCUUGAAAUAAGUGUGAUAGCAACAGCAGCAGCAACAACAGCAGGAGGCACAAAAGAGCAGAAGCAACAGCAGCCAAAGGCCUACAGCCGCUGCAGCAGCAAAGGCCAAGCGGCCAUCACAAGGAAGUCAGGUAGCAGAGACAGGCAGAUAGAUAGACAGGCAGGGGGGAGCGAUAGGGAGACGAGACAGCAGCAGAAGCAGCAGCAGCAACGGCAGCAGCAGCCGCAGGAAAACAAAAAUAAAAUACCCAUCAUGAAUAAUAAAAAGGUUCUUCGGGAUUUCUGCUGCAGCGGCAGGAACAGCAGCAGCAGCAGCAGCAGGUGCAGCAGAUCUGCAGUACGUGAGAACUCUGCAAAGAAAGAGAAUCUCAGGUCUGCUAACAGGUACCUCGCAUGCCAAGGGGCAGCAGUGUUAGCAACAGCAUUAGCAGCAGCAGCAACCUCUGCAAGUGUGCGAGGGACAAACCACGCCCCAGACGGGAGAAGCAGCAGUAGCAGCAGCAGCAGCAGCAGUGACAUCAUCAACCACAACCAGCCACUCCUGCCCACUUUAUCAGGCAUCCGAACAGUAGCAGUUACAGCAACAGCAGCAGCAACAGCACCAGCAGCAGCAACACACCCACCGCCACGUGGAACGCCCCGGGCAGCAGCAGCAGCAGCAGCAGUAGCAGCAGCAGCAGCAACAGCAGCAGCAGCAUUAACAAUGGCUGCAGCAGCACCAGGUUCCUCCCUAAUGGAGGGGACCCCUAACGAAAUAGUUGGGGUCCACAGUGUACAACUUGAAGGCAAAGCAGAGGACAGGCAGCAACAGCAGCAGCAGCAAAUGCUGCUACGGCUGCGCCAGCCCCCUUGCGACGACGAAAGAGGGAAGAGCAACCCCGUGGCUGCUGGCUUAGCAGCAGCAGCAGCAGGAUCAGGAUCAGACACAGCAGCAGCAGCUGACGGUGUUGCAGGUGCAGGAGAAGCAGGCACAAUAGGGGAAGCAGCAGCAGCAACAGCACCAGGGGGAACAGAAACAGAUGGUUAUUUGCUUCAGUGGUUCCCUGGCUUUGAUCUUCCUAUUGGUCUUAAAGGAAGAGCAAUCUUAAGAAGAGUCCUUAAUCAACGACGCUCCCUAGAUGCAGCAAGAUGUGUAAGCCUUCCUGUUCCUGCUGCUGCUGCUGCUGCUCUUCCUAAUUCUGCCAUUGCAGCAGCAGCAGCAACAGCAGCUGCUGUUGCUAACAACACUGUAUUAUUCCCUGUUAUUGCUAGCACCUUGCCGUAUGUUCAGCAGUAG